AUGUGGGUGCCGCUCGUCGGGCUUGCCAUCGGCGCCAUCGUGAUCGGCUAUCUGAUGCUGCCGAUGGUGGCGACCGAUAUCGACUUCUGGGGCACGUCGAUCCUCGUCCUGCCCAUCCACAACGCGCUGGAGGAGGCGCACCACGUCGACUUCUGGGUCAAGGCGCUGCCGAUGGCGGUCGGCGUGCUCGGGAUCGGCAGCGCCUUCCUCUUCUAUGUGCUGAAGCCGGAGCUGCCGGGCUUGCUCGCCACCCGCGCGCGGCCGGUCUACCUCUUCCUGCUCAACAAGUGGUACUUCGACGAUGCUCUACGAUUUCCUCUUCGUAACGGCAUGACCGAUUGGCCGAUCCUGUCCACCGUCACGUUCCUGCCGCUGGUCGGAGUCUUCUUCAUCCUGUUGGUCCGGGGCGACGAACGGCAGAUCGCGGCCAAUUCGCGUCACGUGGCGCUCUGGACCUCGGUGGUCACCUUCGCGCUCUCGAUCCUGCUCGUCGCCGAUUUCGACACCUCGACCGCCGAAUUCCAGUUCGUCGAGUUGGUGCCGUGGCUGCCCGAGCACAACAUCGGCUACCACCUGGGCGUGGACGGGAUCUCGAUCUUCUUCCUGAUCCUCACCACCUUCCUGAUCCCGAUCUGCAUCCUCGCCUCGUGGGAGGCGAUCGCGACGUCGCGUGCGCGAGUUCAUGAUCGCAUUCCUGGUCAUGGAGACGCUGAUCGUCGGUGUCUUCUGCUCCCUCGACUUGGUGAUUCGCCCAUAUGGGGAUCGUCAUCCAUCGGCAUCUUCACCUUCACCGGCCAGGGAAUCGAAGGCGGCAUCAUUCAGAUGCUGAGCCACGGCAUCGUCUCGGCGGCGCUGUUCCUCUGCGUCGGCGUGGUCUACGACCGCACCCACACUCCGCGGAGAUCGCGACUAUGGCGGCUGGUGCACCGCAUUGCCGAUCUACGCCUUCGUGCUCAUGGUGUUCACGCUGGCCGCGAUCGGCUGGCCUGGACCAGCGGCUUCGUCGGCGAAUUCAUGGUGCUUGGUGGGCGCCUUCCAGUCAGAACACCUGGGUACGCCAUGCUGGCGCUGACGGCCGUGGCGUGGUUCUUGCCGCCGCUACAUGCUCGGGCUUUACCGGCGCAGUGA